GGCUGUUUACUCUUCCUUCAACUGGCGAGUGUCGCAGGUUUUGAAUCAGGUUGGCGUGAUUUUAAAAUUAUGGACGAUCGAUUUAUGAAACCUGUUUUUGUCGCUGCUGGUGUCGUUAUAGUCACUAUGGCGUUUGGAGUGGUAACUUUUUUUCUUAGAAAGCAAGAAAAUGGAAAGAAGACUAGACCUGUUGCGUUAGAUCCGCAAAAAAAGGUUCCAUUUAAACUCGUUGACAAGAAGAUUGUAAGUCACGAUACAAGAAGGUUUCGCUUUGAGCUACAGUCUCCUGAACACAUACUUGGACUUCCUGUUGGCAAUCACAUGUAUCUCAGUGCUAAAAUCAAUGACAGUCUCGUCAUAAGGCCAUAUACACCGGUGACUUCUGAUGAUGAAGUGGGAUAUUUUGAACUUGUGAUCAAGGUUUAUUUCAAGAAUGUUCAUCCUAAGUAUCCAGAUGGUGGCAAAAUGUCACAAUACCUGGAUACUCUGAAUAUAGGUGACACUGUUGAUAUCAGAGGACCAUCGGGAAAAUUAACUUAUGUAGGGAGGGGGAAAUUUGCUAUCAAGGAGAAUGCAAAGGAACCCAUUAAGUUUAGAACAGCUAAGAACAUUGGUUUGAUUGCAGGGGGAACUGGCAUAACUCCCAUGCUACAGAUCAUCAGUGCAGUGAUCAAAGACACUGAAGAUAAAACCAAUAUUACUCUCUUGUUUGCUAACCAGACUGAGAGAGAUAUCCUUGUACGGCCAGAGUUGGAGGAGCUAGCCCAGGAAUGUGAAAAUUUCAAGCUUUGGUAUACACUUGACAGACCACCAGAAGGAUGGCCAUACAGUUCAGGAUUCAUCGACGACACAAUGCUCAAGGAACAUAUGCCACCACCUGGACCAGACACUCAGAUACUCAUGUGUGGACCCCCUCCCAUGAUCAACUAUGCUUGUAUCCCUAACUUAGAGAAACUGGGUUACACCUCUGAUAUGUAUUUUCCCUUUUGAAUACACUAAUGCAAUGAGGCAGGCAGGCAGGAUAGCUUAACAACUACUUAAUAUCUACCAAAGAUGGCAGGUCCUACACAGGGGUAAGGGGAUGAUACUCUGGGGUGUUUCAUGCAAAUUAAGGAGGGAGGGGGAGGUGAGGUUACCACUCUCUUCAAACAAGUUAACAAUAACCAACAAACUUCGGCAAAAUUGAAGAACAGCUCCCCAAAAUAUCUGUCAGUGGACUGUCGGCUGACUGUUGGUGAACGAAACACAGAAAACACAACAAAGACACAACAAAAACACGGGCUUGUGCAAUUUUGUGAGUCUUUGAGAAAAUUUACUCUUAUUGCUAAAUCUAAGUAACUAAACUCUUCCAAUUUUAGCGGAACAAAAUGUGUCAGUUAGAUACUACACAUCAAGUUCACAUAAAUGAAGAUUGAUAUGGCCAAUAAUGCCUUGCACUGUAAAGUUACCACUAUCGCAUGGUGUUUCAUAUUUUGAGGUAAUUGUGCAAGUUCAAACUUACCAAGAUGACAGUCUAUUUACUUGUUUCUGAAUUUGUUUUCAUUA